AUGCUUCCAAACAGACCACAGCACUCAACAACUCAGCAAGUGUAUGCAGUUUACGACCACUCUUAUCAUCAACAUCAUCAGCACCGACCUCCUCAGACAUCGUCUGGGCUUUCCACCUCGUACGUUCAUCGAAACUAUUACGAAAAUCAUGCACCUCCAGUUUCCUCUGCAAACUUUUCCACGCAACUCUACUCUAAUAAUAUUAAUAAUAACAGCACUAGGAAUUCGUCUUAUUCGACUUUUAAUAAUUAUAAUUCCGCACCACAAUCAUAUAAAAAUUAUUACAACCAUAGUAAUAGUACCAAUAACAACAGUUGUAACGCACUAACGACAUUCAGGGAUCAGUCGGUUACUCACCCUUCCAGUUCUCACCGAAAUGACACGUUUCCAGUUAAAGGCAGAUUUAACAAUGAAUAUAAUAAUGCGAGCAGUUUGGAAAGAUACAAGUUACAAAGAAAGCAGCCACUUCAAGUUUCCAAUAUUAGUUUUCAACAGAUUGAUCCAUCGUGGGCAACAAAUAUGUAUUCAUCAUAUAGUUUGCCUUACUAUGGUCAAAAUAGUUACUGUUCAAAUGGGUCUUAUCAAGAUGUUUCAGACAGCAGUGCACAUGACCUUCAAUUCCCACGGCCUGAAAUUAUUCAACAACAAAAUUUUCAGACCUCAGAUAGAAGAAAUUAUAACAAUUCAAUCACAAACAAUAAAAACAAGAUUGAAAAGGUUUUGGGUUGCACUGGUCUAUUCAAUCUAGGAAACACUUGUUACAUGAACAGCAUAUUACAGUGCUUAAGUCACACAAGAGUCUUACUCGACUACUGCCUUAAUCAAAAGUACAAAGAUGACAUGAAGAAAAAUAAAAGCAAGUCUAAAGGAAUUCUCAUCAAAGCUCUGGCUGAUGUUCUGAAGGAGAUGUGGUUGGGAAAGAUGAGCAUUGCUCCAACUGACUUCAGAAAAAAGAUGUUGUCUUCUAUCAAGUGUUUUGAUGGACUGGAUCAGGAAGAUGCACAAGAGUUCUUGAUGUUUUUGUUGCAGGGUCUCAGUGAAGAUGUUUGUAAGGACAACAACAUCAAAAAGGCUUAUUCUGUCAGACUUUUCAUUGCAAAACGAGUUUUACUAUUGAAAUUGGCAGAUAUGUUUAUGGGGCAGCUGAGAAGUGUGUUGACUUGUGACUCUUGCAAAAAUACAUCCAACACCUUCGACCCUAUUCUUGGAUUGUCUCUUUCAAUACCAUCUGUGGGCAGCAAAGACAGAGUUUUGCUAACUGAAUGUCUGAAGCAUUACUUCCGGGAUGAAGUUCUUGUUGGAGAUGAAAGAGCUAAAUGUGAUCACUGCCAAAUGAAAAAAGAUGCUAAAAAAAGUCUUUUCAUCCAGAAGUUUCCUAAAAUUCUUAUAAUUCGUAUGUAUUGGUUAAAUCUGAAGAGAUUUUCCAACAACUGCACCCAGAAGAUCACAAAAUUUGUGGAGUACCCAGUUGAACGUCUGGACUUGAAGGAGUUUACGACAUUCAGUGCUAAUGUGUCAUACAGUUUAUAUGCCGUUGUCCAGCACUUUGGAUUGCUAGGUGAUGGUCAUUAUACAGCUUCCAUUCAAAAUGCUAACAACAACCUCUGGUACUACUACGAUGAUGACCUUAUCCGGCAGAAGAGGGCGCGAAGAAUCUCCGGAGACCCAGUCCAUGAGGUUGUGGUGCAAGGCCCUGUGGAUGGUCUGGCUACUGGCACCCCACUCUAUAGUGUGGCGGUGCAAGGCACUAUAGAUGGAAGGACUACUUGUAGACCAAGGGGUUGGAGGUUUGGUACCUGGAAUGUAGGCACGUUGACAGGAAGAAGUUUGGAAGUGGUGGAGGAGCUGCAGAGGAGAAUGGUUGACGUGGCUGCAUUACAGGAGAUCAGAUGGAAGGGUGAGGGUACAAGGGUGGAGCAACUGCCAGAAAGAAGAAUUGUCAACCAGCAUGCUUACAUCCUCUUCUACAAAUUAGAAUAUGCCGCCGAUGAGGACACUUCUUUGAAAAUGGAUGAAAACAUUUUCAACCUUCAAAACCUCCUUUUUUAG